CAGGUGGCGAUAAUAACAUCUGUUUAUACGCAUUGUCCACUAGCCGCCGUCGUUGCAGGACUAAAAACGACAUACAUCUAAUAAACUGACAACACACACUAAAUCUAAACGAAAGGGUUAUUUUAAAUUGCGAGAAUUCUGAGCUAAUUGCUAAUGAGAAACCAACAAGUGUGUUUGUAUAUCCCUCAAAAUGUCGUACAUGCUCCCUCACCUUCACAAUGGCUGGCAAGUGGACCAGGCUAUUUUAUCAGAGGAAGACCGUGUGAUAGUUAUACGAUUCGGCCACGAUUGGGACCCUACGUGCAUGAAAAUGGAUGAAGUGCUGUACAGCAUCGCCGAAAAGGUGAAGAAUUUUGCAGUCAUUUAUCUUGUGGACAUCACAGAAGUGCCAGAUUUCAACAAGAUGUACGAGUUGUAUGAUCCUUGCACAGUCAUGUUCUUUUUCAGGAACAAGCAUAUCAUGAUUGAUCUUGGCACUGGUAACAACAACAAGAUCAACUGGACCAUGGAAGACAAGCAAGAGAUGAUAGACAUUGUUGAGACCGUCUACAGGGGGGCGAGAAAAGGACGGGGUCUCGUAGUGUCCCCUAAAGAUUACUCAACAAAAUACAGAUACUGAUCUCUGUGCUCUUAUUUAGUCUUUGGAAUUUUUUUCUUCUUUUCAUCAUUGGACAAUAUCUGAGCAUUCAGCGGUAUGGUCAUAUGGAAUCUUUAAUGGCCUUGUUUUGGUUUUUUGGCUUUAGAACUAAAUGUGUUAUAUAGUUGCAGUUAUGGUCACAAGUCUUUUAUAAUGUUGUCUGUCUGAAAAUGUUACUGUAUUUUGACUGAAUAAAUAUUUUGUUUCUGC